ACGUGUGGGUCACUCACAAGAGAAAGGAGCGCGCGCGUGUGUGUCUGCUGCAGGAAGAGAACCAGCAAGAGAAAGAGCUGUAGCAGCAGGCGCCAUGGCUGGGCGGGCAUUUAAAAAUUUCCUUCCUCUUUUUGACCGUGUACUGGUUGAAAGAUGUGCAGCUGAGACUGUAACUAAAGGAGGCAUCAUGAUUCCAGAAAAAUCUCAAGGAAAAGUACUACAAGCCACUGUUGUGGCAGUUGGAGCAGGCUCCAAGGGCAAGGAUUUUUAUAAUUGGCCUGAUGAAUCUUUUGAAGAAAUGGACAGCACUUUGGCAGUUCAACAGUAUAUCCAACAAAACAUAAGGGCAGACUGUUCAAACAUUGACAAAAUUCUUGAACCUCCAGAAGGACAGGAUGAAGGUGUCUGGAAGUAUGAACAUUUAAGGCAGUUCUGUCUUGAGCUUAAUGGCCUUGCGGUUAAACUUCAGACUGAAUGCCAUCCAGACACAUGCACACAGAUGACAGCAACUGAACAGUGGAUUUUUCUUUGUGCGGCCCAUAAAACUCCCAAAGAGUGUCCUGCCAUUGAUUAUACCAGACACACAUUGGAUGGAGCUGCAUGUCUUCUGAAUAGCAAUAAAUAUUUCCCCAGCAGGGUUAGCAUAAAGGAAUCCUCUGUAGCCAAAUUAGGAUCAGUUUGCCGUAGAAUCUACAGAAUAUUUUCACAUGCAUAUUUUCAUCAUCGUCAAAUAUUUGAUGAAUAUGAAAACGAAACCUUCUUGUGUCACCGGUUUACCAAAUUUGUGAUGAAAUAUAACUUGAUGUCCAAGGAUAACCUGAUUGUACCAAUUUUAGAAGAGGAGGUGCAAAAUUCAGUUUCUGGUGAAAGUGAGGCAUGAUGAGUAUCGUGGACUGAAAUAAGCACGUAAUUAACAUUAUGUACUGUAUAUAUCAUUUUAGAAACUUCAAUCAUGUAUCCUUAGAGCUUUGUUUAGUAUACUUUUUGUAUGCUGUGUGCGUUGCCUCUUAAUAUGGGAUAUGGUUUAAGUUAUUCAUGAGCUGUAUAUUCUUCAAUGUGGCACUCAUGGUUUUUAAAUAAAAUUAGAAUUAUCUGUUUAUACUGCCUGUUAAUAAAAGAAUUUACAGUUCUGUAAAAUUGCUGCUAAACAAUCAUUGGAUCACAAUCUUCAAACUUUGUGCAGUUUAAACUUUCUCGUGCUAAUGAAGUUGGAACUUUAGCCUUAGUUUGACACUUUAAUUUCAAAAACAUGCAAGCAUGCAAGUCCAUUUAAUUCUAACUUUUGUCGUAUUUUAUAGAAAUUACCCUUAUUUUAGUUCACAAGUUUUGUUUUUGGGUGUGUGCAUCUAUAGUACUAAACUAUUGUAGUAUGUGUAUAUCCAAAUAUUCAUUAUUACAGUAUUAAUACCAAAAGGAUAACUUUUAUUAUGCUACCCAGUCUUUUCUAGAGCAGUUCCUUUCUUUCUGGACUUGCCUUUCUUUAUCAAUAGAGGCUUGUGUGUACCACAAAAGGUCACGUGUUCAGUCACAUUAAGGCAAAGAUUCCCCUACAUGUUUUCCUUAACUGUACCUCUCGCCAGUGGAUAAAAACAAUGUGUGUUCCUUCUUGCCUACAGUAAAGUACUCUGUGGCUUAUGCCUGCACAUAUUUAUAGUAAUUGCUUACAGACUAUACCUUGCAUUAAACAUUCAUGUUACACUACAGCAGAGUGUGCCAAACUAAUCUUACUCAUUUGUAGCAAAGGUUCCACGGAAUGUUGAAUCUUACCCAUCACAUACAUGCAGCUGGUUUUCAUCUUUCAUGUGUCCAGAUAAUAUCUGCUUUAUGUUCCAGUAAUUGAAUUCCACCCUUAUUUCCUCAAAUCUAAAUGUAUGUUCUUUAAAUAGCUUUUUCAGGUUUGCAUUAGCGCUAAGGUUCCAUGAGAACUACUUUAAUGGAUUUUGAGCUAUUUUGAAGGCUGUAGAACUAAGUAUUUUUAAAAGUAUAGCAGAUUUCGUUAAUUGGAUGUGUACAUGAAUGCAGAAAUCUAAAAGCACUAGCACUGUUCUUCAAAGUUGGUGAGAUGUUUUAACUUUUUCAAGUUGGUGUACGGCCCUUUCCUAUUAAAGACAUUAACCAGUGCCCCAUUAUCUGUUGAAAUAGAUAUAUUUUGGCCUUUAUGUGGCCAAGCUGACUUUACUUAAUUUGCUUUCUUUUGAAGGUUAAUCGUUAACUAGAAAUGAAAGUGAAUUUAUUUCCUAAUAUUAAUAAUUUUGUUUCAGAAUACGUAGUAGACAUGCCUUAAUUGCAUAUAAUACAUUGAAAAUUGGACACAUCUAAUACCAAGAUUACCACCUUGAUAUAAAGGGAAUCUUAGAAUGAGGGACUGGAGGGACUUGGAUCUUCAAUGGUUUGUGUCACAAGCCCCAUUCCUUUUGAAUGGGUCUAUGGUAGUGGCAUAUUUUUGUAGCACUAGGCUGGUGGUUCUUCAGUGGGCUGACACAGUUCUGCCUUCUUUGGCUGUUCUUAUUUUCUAUUUUAAAAAUGAUUUUAAUGGUCAACAGGGUCAUCACAUAAGAUGGUUCUUAGCAACAGCAGUUACAUCAUUGUGCCGACAUGGAUCUUGGGCAGUAUAGAUCUGAUUGAUAUCUCAAAGUGUGUGGCUGAGUAAUGGCAUUUUAUAGGUAGCAGAAUAUAUUUAGCGUUGUCAUAAUCAGCUGGAUUAAUAUAGCCUUCCCCAGUCAGAAAAUGAACAGUGUCAUCAAACAUUUUUGUGAAAAUGUGUCAUAUUUGAGGCUGCAAUCAAAUCUUAACACAUUCUAAUAUAUGCGUCUGAAAUAAUUCUUGUUCUUAACAAAUUAUUCCAAUUCUGCUGCACUGUAAACUUUACUUCAUAUAAUCAAAGUAAAUGGCCUAAAUGGGAACUGCUUGAAGCUUUCCUUAAUGCUGUUGACUUAAGUACCUCUGAUAAUAUGUGUGCACAUGUGCCUGCCUGAUACUAUAGAACUUCAGUAAGCUUAAGUGAACUAUUGACUUUGUAUGGUAAAUAUAUUGAGGGUUUAACUUACAUUCUGCAUUAUAGGGAAACUGAGCUAUGUUCGUCUUUUGAAUUACAUUGUAAAAAGUAGAGGUUGCAAUUAAAUAUUUUCUUUUUCCA